GCAAGCGCAGUACAGCGGGAAGCCUCUGAAAAUGUAUCCAACAUGGCGUCGGAGCAGAAGACGAAGUUAUCCACAAACCUGCUGCGCAUGAAGUUCAUGCAGAGGGGCCUGGACUCGGAAAACCAGAAACAGCUAGAAGAGGAGGAACGGAAGACGAUCAGGGAUGAGACCUGGUACCUGGAUUUGCCGGAGUUGAAGGAGAAGGAGAGCUUCAUCAUAGAAGAGCAGAGCUUCUCCCUGUGUGAAGACCUUCUCUAUGGAAGGAUGCCUUUCAGAGGCUUUAAUCCUGAAGUUGAGAAGUUCAUGCUUCAGAUGAAUUCCAGGAACAGAGUGGCGGCGGCAGAAGAGGAGGAGACUGUAGAGGCUGACGUGUCGGAGGAAGAAAUGGCAAGAAGAUAUGAGACUUUGGAGGGAACAAUUGGGAAAAUGUUUGCCAAGAAUAGGGACUGAGCCAAUGAUGAAGAAGAUGAAAAUGGAAAUAUAGAAGCCAUGAAAAUUUAGAUGUUCUUAAAGCCCGAAGACUAAUAUGGACGCCUCUGAUGCAGUGGAUGCUGUGAGAACAGCAUGGUCUGAACUCACCCUCCUGUCCUCGGUACUGGUCCCUUCUAAGGGAUGCCUAGGGUUGGAAAUGUGCUGUUCUUGAGACAGAAGGAGGAUAGACGUUCUACAUCCUUUUGACGGCAUUCGGGGCUUCACAUAUGUGGGUACACGCCGCUCCCUUGACUUUUGGCCUGAUUCUGUGUGAGUAUACACACAGACAGGGCACACACCUACACCUGCUCUCAGUUACUCUCCAGGAAUGAGGAUUGGAGACUAAUUCUUGCCUUGGUUUUAAUGCCCUUACGUUUAUAUUUUACUUUUUGAAUCAUGUCAAGCCAAUUCAUUUGCUUUGGAUUUCAGUAUUUGAGAACUUUUGAGAAGUGAUUGACCAGGAACAGACAUGGCUCUCCAGCCCAGAGUAUCUGCAUGCUCUUAGGUCUUUAUGUAUAGAAUUGUGGGGUUUAUGUAUUUUAAACAGUCAUCUGGAUCAUUUUUUAAUGUUCCAUAAUAAAUGUGUCUCAUAUAAAAAAGUCGAUACCUCUGGAGUUGUUACUACUUCCUAACAAUUAUGGUAAUGAUGGAAAAUAGUUGAUUUUUAAAAUGCUUCAAAAUCUGGCAUUUCCAUCAGUCACCAGGUCAGCUCACUGUCAGGAAUAGCAUCAGUAGCAGGCACAUGCUAUAGAGACACUGG